AUACAUAUUGAUUGAUUUAAGGGCAAAUUUUUAUUUUAGUUUUUCUUGAACAUAAUAGUGAAUUUGUGCGAUGGUUGUAGUGCAUCUAAAGAAUAUUUUUGUCAUUCUUUUUGUUAUAAGCUAUGGAGUGAAUGCAUUUUUGACUGGAUCUGAAGAUCCAUAUAAAGUACUUGGUGUAGACAGGCAUGCCAACACCCAGCAGAUACGGAAAGCGUAUAAAGAAUUGGCCAAAGAAUGGCAUCCCGAUAAGAACAGCAACCCCGAUGCAGAGCUGAAGUUUGUGAAAAUAAAGCAGGCCUAUGAGCUGUUAAGUGAUGCUGACAGACGUCGCUUGUUUGACCAGCAUGGAGUGACCAGUGAAGAUUCUCAUAUGUUUAAGCAGAAACAUGAUUACAGUCAGUAUGGCAGGUAUGCAGCCGAUCCGUUGGAAGAAUUCUUUGGGAAGAAAUUUUAUUUUGACCAUGACAUAAGUGUGUACCACAAGCUGUCCAUAACAACAAAGUAUUACGAGCAGAUUGUACUGCCCAAAAGUCAGACUGUGCCGUACAUACUAAUGUUCUACAAUGACUGGUGUUUCAGAUGCACUCAUAUGGUGGGUGCAUUUAAAAAGCUUAUUGAAAUUUUAGAACCCCUGGGAAUACAAUUUGCCACUGUCAAUGCCGCUCAUGAGCAGCGUCUCUUUCGCAUGGCUGGAUUAAGUGAUUUGCCAAGUCUGGUGUUGGUUUUGAAUGGUCACAACUAUAUUUACCGGGAAACAACCUUGACCUCGCAAAAGGUGGUGGAUUUUAUACGCAAGAAAAUGCCAUAUCGAAUUGGCACCACGGUAGAUGAUGACAAUAUAGAUGCAUUUCUAAAUGGUUGGAUGGAUAACAAGGUGAGGGCGUUGAUAUUGGAACCCCGGAAUCAGACCAGACUGAGAUACUUAAUAGCCGCAUUCGCAUUUCGCAGCAGAGUGGCUUUUGGUUUUGUGUAUUUGGAAAAGGCCAAUUGUGAGGAGUUAAAGCGACGCUUUCAAAUACAUCCGAAUCUAGACACUUUGUUGUUGUUCAAUGAAUACGUCGAACGUCCUGUGGCUAGUGUGUCUAUGUCUGAAAUUCCAGCUCAGACUCUUAACAGUAUUAUAUCCUCCAAUCAGUAUUUAACACUACCCCGACUUUCCUCGCAGGAGAUAUUAGAAGGUAUAUGUCCCGCCGAAUGGAAUCGGCCCCGUAAACGUCUUUGUGUUGUGCUGAUAACGGAAAAUUCAGAUGAGCAUAAUUUUGCUAGAGGUGCUCUAAGAAAUAUUGCCCUACAAAGCGGCUAUAGUUUGGACAAAGUUCGUUUUGCCUACAUUUUCAAAGAAAAACAAAUGGAAUUUAUCAAUGCCAUAUCGAAAGGCUCCAAUGAUGACAAACUCUUGCGCAUUGUGGUUUUAUGGCGACGCGAUACUUCACAUGUUAAAUACGAGUGGGUCAAUGAUGCCAAUUUGGACUUGCUCAGUUCCGGUCAUCAAUCAUCCGAUCAUCUAAUAAAUCACACCAAACAGCGCAUAGAUCACACUAUACAAAAGUUGCUUAAAACCUCAGAAGCUUUGAGUUAUGAGGCUUUUGUUAAAAAUCUGUUGGACGAACAUGCCCAAGGCUUUAUUCAUGAGUGGAUAUCGAAGGCCUUAUACUUUUACGAAUAUCUUUUAGAUUCUAUAGAAGAGGAGCAUAUACUGGCCACGUUGUCUUUGCUGGGAACAAUUGCAUUUAUGUUUGCCGUCGGCUAUGUUAUGGUGUACUUUGUUCGUGCUGAGGAGGAAAAUCUAAAGGCUAAAGGAGAAAUCAAUUCCAAAUUUGUGACUAAACAAAAUAAACAUGUGCCCGAACUAAAAUUGCACGAGCUAAGGGCUGAGAAGUACAACGGUAUGGUACGUUUGCUUAAGCCUGGUUGUAGAACAAUUAUAUUGAUAACGGACUUGCAAACUCGCACAAAACUCAUACCACCAUUUCAUAAGUCCGUGUGGCCUUAUAGGAAAAACAAAACUCUCAUCUUUGGUCAUAUGCUGAUCGAAAAGGGUCUGAACUGGUAUUCUGAGCUGCUUAGAUUAUCCCUGUGUGAGACAAAGAACUUGCAAAUAAACCCUAGAAAUUGUAUUGGUACAGUCAUUGCUUUGAAUGGUCAUCGCAAGUAUUUUUGCAUGUAUCAUGCCAAACAUCCCGAAACUGCAAGAGGUGUUAAGAGAAUGGAAAAGAUUACCAGACAACUGGUGCGUACCGACGAUCCAGAGAGUGGUGCCUUCUUCACCGUCGGCAACUCGGACGAUUCGGAUGAUAAUGAGCCAAAAAUUCUGUUGGAAGAAAAUCUCUUGGAUGGCCUCAGCAACUGGAUGGAUCGUUUAUUCGAAGGCACUACACAUAGAUAUUAUAUCAACUAUUGGCCCGAUUUCCCCACAAAGUAAAUUCGAAGCGAAUAACGAGUAUAACGAAUAUUAAUAAGGAUAUUAAUACACACAGACCAUCAGUAUAGAAACUAGAUGGAGAAAACGUUUCUUUUUGUUUUACAUUAAAUCGAAGAUUGGUACAUUUAACCGAAUAGCCAAACAAACAUCAACAUAUUAUAAUAUAUUCCUAUAUUCGAAAUCGGAUAUAGUUAUAGCUGCAAAACUAAAUACUUAUGUAGAAAGUAUGUAUGAAAAUCUCUUGAACAAAUUAUUCACGAAUUGCUAAAUUUCUUUUGAAAUUGAGAAUUUUUUUUUACAAAUUAUAUACAUAGGUAUACAGGUUAAAAUUUAAUUAAUUGAAUAAUUGGUGCCUGAAUAUAGAAAGAAAAAAAUGUUGCGGAAAUUUGAUGCGUUUUUUAAUUCAAAAUAUAUUCAAAACAUAUUUAAAAACUAGUAAAAUUUUUAACAUUCGUUACAUUUUUUAUGGAAAUCACUGAACAUUUUUUUUAAAUUACGAAUCAUUUCAUUUAUUGUUUAUAAACAAUUUGAUCAUUACUUUUACAAAAACACAGGCUCGUAAAAUCAAACGGAAAAAUUGUUUAAAAUUUUCAGAUUAUCAAAAUUAUUUCGAAUUUUUAUAAUAAAAGUAAAAAUUCUUAAGAAUCCUUUGAUUUCGAAAACGUAAAAUAGUUAUGUACGUUAGGGGUAAAAUUCAAAUUUGAAAUCAUCUAAAACAUUUUUUUCAAAAUCACAAAUUAUUGUUAAAGGUAUUUACAGACGACAAUACUGAGUAUUACAAUUAUGAGUAUUAUAAAAAAUUAUUCCUGCUUAAACCAAAACCAUAGAAAAACAUAGUAAAAAAAACCAUGUGAUAGCAAAAACAACACUCCUACAUGUGAAUACUUUUUUGAGUUUUUUCUAGUUUCCGCUCUAUGUAUGUUGUAGCAGCAAUAGUUGCUGAGUUGACAGCCCUAGACUGAAUUCGGGUCAUUCCGGUGCGUAGAACCGCCUGUCGUGGAUUGACCGCUCAUGUUUAUUUCUUUAAGCAAUUAAUACUAAGUGUUUUCGCCUGUAAAUACCUUAAUUUAUAUUAAAAUUUAUUUUGAAAAAAUAUACAAUAAUUUAUUUUCAAACUUCAAAGCAAUUUACGGGAAGCCUUUUGAAUGACACCAAACAAAUAAACAUAUUAUUUAUCAUGUACGAAGAACUUAGAACCGAUUUAACAUUUUGAAACAAUGUUAUAUCUAUAGUGUACAUUUUUCAUCAUUUAAUUUUACUCUAUAUUUAUGUAUGCAUAACAAAAACUCAUAGCUAAAUUAAAAAAAAAAAAUUAAUUCGUAUUAAUAAAACAUCUUUUCAAUAUUUAUAGAUAAUGUGAAUAAGCAAUCUAAACAACUAUGUACUUUCACCAUUUCGUUUGUAAUUUUUUCAUAGAGAAGAACGCCAUUUUCUAGCCAUUUUUAAUAAAAAAUAUCACUUCUAUUUUGUAACUAAAGUUAGCAAACUCCAACAAUUCACUUUCAUAGUUUUAUUUUACAACUUGAUAAAUUUUUAUAUCUGAAUUAGUAUUAAUGGAUUUUUAAUGAUCUUUAAAUGCUAAAAUCUAAAUGGAAGUUAAGAGAACAUUAAAAUAAAAUCUAGUCUCACUCAAAUCUACCAACUAAAAUACCAAAGCUCUUUUAUAGCUAAUGUUAAUAUAAAGCUUUAUUUAAUAUAUAUUAUUUAUUAUUAUUAUUAUUUUUUUUAUUUAUAAUUUUUAGUGAAAAUUAAGAAAAUGUUUUUCAACAAAUAAAUAAACAAAAUAUGGAUAUUUGCAACGUUUUUUAACAGCCUCCAAUUUAUGAAAUCAUUUAACAAUGAUUUAAUAAUUUGUUCAUAGUAUUAAGAAAAUUAUAAAAUAAUAAAAUAAACAUUUUAAAAAUCAUUAAA